AUGAUCGAGAAUGGCACCCACGAGCCCCGCGACAUCUUCGCUGCCACGUCGGUGGCUGAGAUCCAUGCCGCCCUCCACCAACUGCACGAGCACGAGGCCACGGUGACGCAGCGAUUGAAUGCCCUCAUCGCAUCGCAAAAGGACCUCUCGCGCGAACUCGGCCGCCUCGACUUGCUUCGAGCCAACCUAGGCACCCAGGCUGUCAACACGCGCGCCAUCAGCCAUGGCAUGCUCUCCGAUGCCGCCUCGACUGCGAACCGCAUCUCGAGCGCCGUCAAGCGAUUAGACCAGGAGCAGUCAAACGUCAAGGCGACCCUGGACGUGGUCGAGCAGGUGGCCGAGCUGAAGGCCUGCGUGCUGGGCGUAUACGGGUCUAUGGGAGCACCCCAGGACUGGGAAACUGCAGCGGGGUACCUCCAUCGAGCCUCCAAAAUACCCGACUCCGUCAUAAAUGGCAGCUUUGCUGAGGAGAUUGUGCCCACGGCAGAGGUGCCUGAUCCGCCGCGGGUGACUCUAGACGCCGCUGCCGAAUCUCUCUGUGGCCUGUUCCUGCGCGAGUUUGAGAAGGCCACCCAGGAAGGAGACGGCGCAAAGGUGACGAGGUUCUUCAAGCUGUUCCCCUUAGUUGGACGAACAGCCAUGGGCUUGGAUGCUUACGGAAGAUAUGUCUGCCAGGGCGUCGCUUCACGGGCGCGGACAAACUUCAAUUCGGCUGCACCAGCACUCAGAAACGAGAGUUUCUUCUACGCUAACACCAUUACCAAGCUGUUCGAGCACAUUGCUCAGAUCGUAGACGGCCACGAGCCUCUGGUAGAGCGUCACUAUGGUCCAGGCAUGAUGCAGAAAGUCAUUGAGCGACUACAGAUCGAAGCUGAUGUGCAGGGUGGCAUUGUGCUCGACACUUGGCAUGAAGAACGGAAAAUUGACCGCAAGUUGACUGAAGUCAAGUCAUAUGCCUUCUCCUUCCUCGUACAAAGCUUUCUACCUACCCAAAAGUCCGCGACAGGGACGCCACGCUCAAACUCACCAGCCAACGGUCUACCACGAACAAGCGAAGACGAAGGCGUCAACAUGAAGGAGGUCGAUGGUCUCCUAGCCGAGAGUGCGCUGAUCCUUGGUCGAUACGCACUGUAUUCGCGAUUCAUAUCUGACAAGUGCGCGCCCUCUGAGCCCGAAGACCGCAUCGAUCAUGGCCUGGUGAUGCCCCAUUUCCUAGCGACCAGCAACCUCCAGAAAAAGGUUACGAGCCAUCUUAUCGAGCCUGUUAACAUCAUGACGACCUUCUUCUUCCGGCGCUCCGUAGAAAAAGCCUUCCAACUUGACGAGUCGCCCUCUGAUCUCACUCUCAACCCCACAAAACCCCUGGGCUCAAAUCCACCCUUCAUCACCUCUGCAGUCGACGAUGUCAUGUAUAUAGUCAACCAGGUUCUUCAGAGAACACUGGCAACCUCUCAGCGUACUGUUGUCGCCAGUGUCGUGCCUACUGUGAGUCAGAUCCUAGGCUCAGACUUUAUCGGCAUGAUCCAACGGAAGAUGCGAGAUGAGAGUUAUCCGAAGCCUGUCAUUCAAGGGGGCUUGCCUCCUGAGGAUAGAGUCAUCGCGUUCCUAGUUCUCAUCAACAACCUCGACAUUGCGAACGACUACGUUAAGCGCAUCGUACAGCAGCAACUGGGCAACCAUUUGCCGUCUUCCAAUGACGAGCCUGCAAAAUCACCUAUGCACGACUUGUUUCCCUUUGGCCACGAUGCUACUUUUGUCGAAAACACACUCAAGGCGAUGGGGAAGUCGUUCGCCGCGAAGAGUGGAGACCUACUCAACGAUGGCAUCACGGUCUUGUUCACAAACGUCCUAAAGCCUCGCAUACGGCCAAUACUAGCUGAAGCCUUCCGCGACAUCGACUAUGCACCAGAAGAUGACGAGGACGAUCUAGACGAAGACGGCGGGGAAGAUGACGCCGACUUGGUGAAAUCACGAUUCGACCGCGGCUGGGGAGUUGUGAUCCGCCCCAUCAAACGCAUCUUGACUACUGCGAACUUCGACCGUCUUCUAACCUUAGCCUUGAACUAUCUCGCAUCUGCGCUCGAGAGCCGUAUACGAAGCUACUACGGAAGGGUUAACGAGCUUGGAGCGGUGAGGCUUGAACGCGAUAUCGCCGGCAUUAUCUCAGCGGCUGUGGCCGGUGGAAAGUACGGGUUGCGCGAUGCUUUCACCAAAUGCACGCAAAUGACGCUUAUUAUGAACAUGGAGGACGAUGAGUGGGACGAGGUUGCAGACGACAACUCAGGCGAGUCUAGAAUCCCAUGGGUGCUGGACGCCGAGGAGAGAAAGAGAUGCCCCGUCUACACAGGAUACGCUGCGCAACGUCAUGGACCAUACACUGAAGGACGAUGGAAUCUCUCAUACGCGCGACCUAUUCCUCCAUGUCGAACAUUUUAUUCUCCAGAGGUCGAGGAUACCAUCGAACGCCUGCGCCACGUGAUCACCGACCCGGAUCUCUUCCGCAUAUUCGAGAACAGCUGGCCGAGCACUCUGGAUACCACGAUCGCAUGGCAUGGCCUAGCCAAUAAGACCUUUGGCUUCGAAAAGGGGCGAUAUGGCAAAGAGCAACAAGAAGAGCUGACAUUCGUAAUCACCGGCGACAUUGAAGCGAUUCAUAACAGCCUAGCUAGCCUCUUCCGCGGCGCGAUCAACCUACAGGCGCGAUACAUCCUAGAAAGUCCAUUCUGCAACGCCUUCCAAGCUCCCGAGGAGAGUGACAUUAUGAGGAAGAGCAGUGCAAACAGCGAUCAAAUCACCCCAUACUUCGACUACUACAAGGUAUUUUCGUGCCAGUGGGAAUUGGACUCUGUAGCCUCAUUCCUCCAACUCUCAGUAGACUACGUUACAGCGACCCAGGAUUACGACUUCUUCCAAAGAUCGAGUAACUGGACGAAAGCCGUUGAGGUCGUGUUGCGGACCGCGGAGAGCAUGAUGGUGGAUAGCUACACCGACGAUGGCGAGUGGCAGCAUACACCCUACACCUACUGUGCGCCCUACGGCGGAACCCCGAUAAAUGAUUGCAACGGGAGCCCGCACAAGGGCAACAUUGGUCUAGUUCGCUCCUUCCAUCGACCCAGCGACGACGCAUGCACAUAUCAGUACCUCAUCCCCUCCAACAUGAUGUUCAGCGCCGCCUUGAACGCAUCAUCCCUCAUCAUGGGGCGCAUCGAGCCCAAGGGGGGCAACCUAACAACCUGGAUGCGAAACAUGUCCACGGGUAUCAACAGGGGUAUAGAGAAGUAUGCCAUAGUCGACGGUGGCAAACACGGCAAGAUCUACGCGUUCGAGAUCGAUGGCUACGGCAGCGCAAACGUCAUGGACGACCCUAACAUUCCGUCCCUUUUAUCUGCUCCGUUCUUGUCUUACACUACCCUGCGCGACCCGAUAUACAUCAACACACGCAAGAAGAUCCUUUCGAAAGAGAACCCGUAUUACGCCUGGGGCCCUAUCAUCUCCGGGAUUGGCAGCCCGCACACGCUACCUGGCCGCGCGUGGCCUAUGGCUCUCAUCAUGGCCAUCUUGACGAGCGAAGACGACGAGGAGGUUCUGAUGAACUUGAAGAUGUUGAUGCAGAGUACGGAUGGGCUUGGGCUUAUGCAUGAGAGUGUUCAUAGUAGCAGGGAAGGGGUGUGGAGUCGGCAGUGGUUUUCGUGGGCGAACGGGCUGUUUGGUCAGGCGAUUUUGGAUCUGGAGAAACGGAAGCCGCAUAUUUUGAAGAUGAGUUUUCAAUAG